AUUCGAUGUUCGUUCUUUUUGGCCCGAGACAUGCCAUCUGACCGACCCCUGCAACAAAAAUUGUCCUCGAUAGAAACACUCGUUCUCUUCUUCUUCACUCCCCCUCUCAUUUGUGGUCACCAUUUGGAAUCCCUCGCUGCUGUCGAGAAGCCCAAGGCCCUCCUGCUGUCUUUUUUCCUUGCGAUUCUCCGGCUGAGAAUUUUUCCUACCAAUGCCUUCUUCCUUCGGUCUCUCUGUUUCACCAAAAAUUAAAUACUGAAUUAACUAACUUUAAUAUUUCAGUUUAUGUAAUAAAAAUGACAUGAACACACAUCUUUUAUCAGCAGAAUUUUAAAUGACAUCAAUGACUUGAGUAUAAUGACAACACCGGAGCUGUCACCGGUGGCAUUUUUCGUUGAAGAGAAAAGAGAGAAGAUCAAAAUGAUAUGAACCGUCAAAGACCUAACAAUUAACAUGCAUUUUUCAUACAUUUUGGAAGUACAGUUUUCGACAAAGUAAAUGCUUUUCUAUCUUAAAGAAGUACUCUAUUUUCAAAUAAAAAUUGGAUCUAAUAAUUUUUUCUACUUUCUUUUACAUUUGUUAAAAUUGGAGUCCAAAAUCAAGUGGGACAGAGAAUCAGAAACAGAGGGAGUACAAGUGUAUAAGUUAGCACAGAAUAUUCAAAAGGUAACAUACUUAAACAAGAAAGACUGACGUUUUCAUUGGAUCAUAGAUUCCAUCGUUUUCACUACUAUGAAACCGUGUGACGUUUUCACUACUUCUACAAGGUAUGACGUUUUCAUUAUGUUGAAACCGUGUGAAGAUUCUAAAGGUAACACACUUGAACAAGUGUACGACGUUUUCACUACUUCUAAACUACAGGUUUUACAAGAUGCAGGAUCACAGCCUUCCGUCAUCCCCAUCGGCAUAGUUCUCGACACCAAAUCGCCGUUGGGUUCUAUGCUCAAUCUCUGCAUAGAGAUGGCUCAUUCGGACUUUUAUGCUAAAAAUCCAAAUUAUGAUACAAUGCUGCAUCUGCAUAUAAGAAAUGCUCAAAGUGUUCUCGAUGCUAAUUUGGCAGUUGUAGAUUUAUUGGAGCAUGAACAAGUUGUAGGCCUCAUAGGGCCACAAGGUUCAACUCAAGAUACAUUCAUCUCAGAAUUGGGGCAAAAGUUUCAUGUCCCAAUGAUAUCCCUCACUGCAAGAAGCUCAUCUUCACAAAACAGCUUCUUUCUUAGAGCAACCGUUGAUGAUUCUACCCAAGCUCGAGCUCUUGCUUCACUUUGCCAAGUACUCAAAUGGCCUCAGGCCGUGCUUCUGUUCGAGGACACCGAAUACGGCCACCAAUUCCACUCCCACCUCAGCAGCGCCUUCCAAGAAGCCGGGAUCGGCCUCGUGCAGCCCAUUGCUGUCCCCACGAACCGCAAGCGCCUCACCGAACUGCUCACCCCGCUCGAUCGUCAGGAAACCAAGGUUUUCAUACUCCACAUGAACCCCUCUCUCGGAUUCCGCCUCAUCGAGGCUGCCAAGAGAGUGGGAAUGACACGGGCUGGGAGUGCAUGGGUUGUCACGGACAGCAUGGCCAAUUUUCUCAGCUCCAUGGAUGCCCCCACGCGCGAGGCCAUGGAGGGGGCGGUGGGGCUGAGGCCCCACGUGGAGGCAUCCAAGGAGCUCAGAUACUUCCAAGAGAGAUGGGCGAGAAAUAGCAGCGCCCAUCUGAAUGUGAUUGGAUUAUGGGCGUACGAUCUCAUCACUGCCUUAGCAACUGCUGUGGAGAAACUGGGACCAGUUUCUCCACAGAAUCUGUGCAGUAACGAGAAGAAUCUCGUUACUGCACGGACUUCCUCGUACGGGUCUUGUCUGCUGAGAGAGCUGGCAAGCACGAGAUUCCAGGGGCUCAGCGGCUCCUUUGAGCUUGCCAACGGGAGGCUGAAGGGCUCGGGUUUCGAGAUAGUUAAUCUUGUCGGGACGGGGGAGAAGGUGCUGGGAGUGUGGGAUCCUCGGAGGGGGUUUGAGAAAGAGUUGAUGAAUGCGGUGUGGCCCGGUGAUUCGACUGUUAAACCGAAGGGAUGGGCUAUGCCAGCUUCGGGGAGGCUCCGUGUAGGGGUGCCGUGGAAGCCGGGGUUUGUGGAGUUUGUGAAGGCGGUUAUAGAUCCUGCAACCAAUGAGACGCGCGCCACUGGUUUUGCUGUUGACAUCUUCUUGUACGCGUUGAAGCAGAUGCCGUUUCAUAUUAACUACACGUUUUUGUGCUACAAUGAGAGCACAAGCACUAAUUGGAGCUAUGACAGUAUGCUACACGAGAUCCCUCAGAAAUACGAUAUGGUUGUGGCAGACACGACCAUUUGGGCUCCACGGGCAUCGUAUGUUGACUUUACACUGCCUUAUUCGGAGUCGGGAUUGGUUUUGGUUGUGAAGAACAACAAGCCACUCAACAUGUGGAUAUUUAUCAAACCGUUGAGGUGGGAUCUGUGGCUUGCAAUUUUGUUAGCCUCUCUGCUCAUGGGAUCAUUCAUUUGGAAGUUAGAAGCUGCAGUUGCUCGACCAAAUGAUGAUCGAAGGGGAAUUGCGUUUUUUGUUCCUUUCACAGGAAUGGCUUUUCAAGAUCUCGCCUUAGUGGCUAGGAAGACGUCGCUUUUCGUGCUCGGGUGCUGGCUUUUUACCAUAUUCGUACUAUCGCAGAGCUACACCGCAAACUUGUCGGCCAUCCUAACGCUGGAUCAGCUCCACUUCUCCUUCUCCGACGACCACUACAUCGGCUACCACCGCGGCUCUUUCACCUACGAAUUCCUAACCGAGAAACUAAGCAUUAGCCCGGCGAGGCUGCGGCCCUACUCUUCCCUCCAAGAAUACCACGACGCAAUGCGCAAAGGCAGCAAGAGAGGCGGCAUCGACGCCAUAUUCGACGAGCUCCCUUACAUGAAGCUCUUGAUCAAUCGAUACGACUCCCGCUACAAGAUGAAGGGCCCCACUUUCAGGACUGACGGCCUCGGCUUCGCGCUCCCUGUCGGGUCUCCACUGGUUGCGCACUUCUCGAGAGCCAUAUUGAAUGUGACGCAGGGUCCUGAGAUGACGGGCUUGGAGCAGAAGAAUUUUGGGCCAGGCUACUCAUCUCAGGACCCGCUGUUGGGCUUGGUGUCCCAGGGGGCGUCCAGCCUCACUUUUCUUGAUUUCGCGGGCCUCUUUAUUAUUCUAGCUGCGUUUACUGUGUCUGCUUUUGUUGCCGCGGAAAUAGGCGCGUUUGAUAGAAUUAGGGAACACUACAAAAAACUGUCAGAUUACCAGCGAAAAUUAGUAGCGGAUAUAGUAUGUUGCUGUUAGUAGCGGAUUGGCAACGGAAAGUCCACUAGUAACUGUACCAGCGGAAUUAGUAGCAAAUUUAUGAUGGAUUUUGAUUUCAUAA